CAAUAUCAAUGAAGUUCUUUCUGCAGAGUGGACAUGUCUUUUCUUUUUUCGACCAACUAUCGAUACACUCCAUAUGGAACAUAUGACCAUGACUUUUAGGGUUUCAAUGAAGCUCCAUGAUGUUCUCUCCAACCUCGAAGUCUUCCAAUCAGACUCAGCAGCUUGGACAUGCGUUGGUAUCUUCCUCUGUGAACUUUCGGCUCCAAUUCUUCAUCAUCAUCUCAACUGAGAGUGUAGAGUUAAGUCUGAGGAACUUCUUCUGGUGGUUGGCAGCAUCCAUGAAUGCAAAAGCAAGAUUUCUCAUGUUCACUUGAAAUCCUUCGUUAUUUUGAACAUUAUUGGCAUUAUUCCUCUGAAUUACUAGUCUUUCCUCAUUUUCAGGACCUAUUUCGUU